UGUGAGGUGGAUGUGGCGCUGCGUGCUGCUCUGCGCGUGGCCGUCUAGUUCUGUCUGAGGCGCGUGAAUGCACGAGUACAUAGGCAUUAUCUUCAUUUCCAGUUUCAUCGGCAAUUUACAGAAUGCGGAGGUGAAAACGGCCGCUCUCGCCGAUCGAGGUACAAAUCCUUGACGGUAUACACUUGUAUCACACCAGUUAGUAUAAUAUUUAUUGUCUGGAAGCCGAUCCUGGGAGAGAAUCACGCAUGCAUUCAAACAGAGGAUUAUCGCGGAGGAACUGCCUCGACACCAUGAGCUGCAGUUGGGGGACGGAGCUGUGGGAUCAGUUUGAUAAUCUAGAGAAACACACUCAGUGGGGCAUUGAGUUUUUGGAGCGCUACACCAAGUUUGUGAAGGAACGGUCUGAAAUUGAACUGAGCUAUGCUAAACAGAUCAGGAAUCUGUCCAAAAAGUAUCAGCUUAAGAAGAACUCCAAAGAGGAGGAAGAAUUCAAGUACACCACAAGUAGAGCAUUUCUGAUGACCUUAAAUGAGCUGAACGACUACGCGGGUCAACACGAGGUCAUCGCCGAAAACCUGUCCACUCAGAUAAUCGCAGAGUUGAGCCGCUACACUCAAGAACUGAAGGCUGAGCGAAAAUCGCAUUUCCAUGAUGGCCGCAGAGCGCAACAACACAUUGAGAAUUCCUGGAAGCAGCUGGAAUCGAGUAAGAGAAGAUUUGAGAGAGACUGUAAGGAAGCGGAUCGCGCCCAGCAUUACUUCGACAAGAUGGAUGCAGACAUUAACGUGACUAAAGCAGAUGUGGAAAAGCGGUGUUCUCUCAAGGCGAAACAGCAAGCUCAGAUGAGGCAUCAGGUAGCAGAGGACAGUAAAAACGAGUACCUGACCUACCUGCAGAAGUUCAACAAGGACCAACAUGAGCACUACUACGCGCUUAUACCACAUAUCUUUCAGAGGAUACAGGAGAUGGAGGAGAGGCGGGUGGGCAGGGUGAGGGAGAGCAUGCGGGUGUACACGGAGGUCGAGCGUAAAGUAUUGCCCAUCGUCAGCAAGUGUCUGGACGGCAUGACCAAGGCAGCUGAAUCCAUCGAGCCUAAAAUGGACAGCAAGCAAGUUGUAGAAUCGUAUAAGUCGGGCUUUGAGCCGCCGGGUGAUGUGGAGUUCGAGGACUACAGCGUGUCGAUGAAGAGGGCGGUGUCUGAAUCCAGCUUCCUGAACGCUCGUGGAGAGAGCAGACGCCGGAGCAGGAGCAAACUGUGGCCUUUACUCAAGAGGAAUAAGCUUUCUCUAAAGCUGGGAACAGGUCAGGAGGACUACAGUCAUCUGCCCCCCGAGCAGAGGAGGAAGAAGCUACAAGCUAAGCUCAAUGACAUCAACAAGGACAUCCAGAAAGAGAUGGAUCAGAGGGACGCCCUGACUAAAAUGAAAGAUGUUUACAUUAAGAAUCCUCACUUGGGGGAUCCAGACAGUAUAGAUCCACGGUUAGAGGAAAUCACACAAAGCUUGGAAAAACUGCAGCUUGAGGCACAGAAAUUUGAGGGCUGGCUGACUGAGGUGGAGAGGAAGCUGCUUGAAAAGGGAUCUGAGUCUCAGAGAAGACAGAGCAGUCAUUUUGACUCGCAGGGCAACACGCCACUUACAAACAACUACGGUCAAAGCCGAGAGAGUCCGGAUGGCAGCUACACGGAAGACCCCAGCACAGAGACCACCAUGCAGUUCAAAUCUCGCAGCACUGAGUUUGAUGAGGAAUUUGACGAGGAGGAGCCUUUACCCACCAUUGGAACAUGCAAAGCACUUUAUCCAUUUGAAGGUCAGAACGAAGGUACCAUAUCCAUGGCCGAGAGUGAGAUGCUGUACGUAAUCGAGGAGGAUAAGGGGGACGGAUGGACCCGUGUCCGCAGAAACGAGGACGAGGAAGGAUACGUGCCCACAUCCUACAUCAAACUCUUUUUGGACACGAAUGCCAAAGGUGCUAUGACAUACAUAUAAUCCCCCGGAAAGCACCAUAACUGAAUGCUGUUUAACUGUACAUACAGUAAAACAUCGUGAAAGUGUUCUUAUUGAACAGAGGAGCAGACCGCAGAGCCAUAAGAUUAGUGAUAUUAGGCAAUAAAGACACAGCUGCUGUGUAAUUUUGACAUACCUGAUGGAAAUGGCUGCUUUACCAACAUAUCAUUUUCAUAUUUAGCAUUUAAAGCUAUAACCAAGAUAUGUAGAUACUCAUGUACUUGUUCAUAUUUUUAAUGAUCUCCAAGCAAUCAGAUACUUUAAGUAGGAUUUAAAUUAUUAGAAAAUGUCAAAAGCAAAUUUUCUGAAUCCUUCUGGCAAUAAAGAUAAUUAUUUACUGAUAUUUUUGACCUUCAAACUACAGAAUAAGUAGCAAUCCUGCAUUUUAACUAUAGUCAAACUGUGUUUUUAAUUAGAAUAAUUUUCUAAGACGUCAAAAAUAUCUGCCUUGAGAGAUGGAAUAUAAUAUUUUCUCAGGUGUUUACUUUGGUGUACAUCCUUGUACCUCAAAAAAAUCCGGAAUGUACGGGAUUUCUUUCUUUCUCCAAUGGCAAAUCACAUUCCAUUUAAAAGCAUAUCGCUAAAUGUGAAGAGCUUAAGUAAUUAAUGCAUGCAUCCGUGAGACUUUUGCUAGCUUUGCAUUUACUGCUGUACACAAAAAAAAAAAAAGAUAUAUACUCAUGGACCCAUAGUUAACGCGAUGCCUUUCGGUGUUGUGAGCGUUGAAGCAAUAAUUGAAAAGAUGCAUGUUAUUCGUACACCGACCAGCAUGGAAAACUAACAGUUAACAUGAAGUUAAAUAGACAUUUUUCCAGAAGGUCAUCGCCGUGUGUGAGGAAAACCGCUCUAUGUGCAUGCUAUAAAACCAGAAAGGCUAUUAAUUGCUGCUUAAUAAAAUGCUUUAAUAAUUAAUUUGUCCAUAGCUUUAUCAGCACCUGUUAAAUAGGCUUGAUAAGUGUCGCAGUUUGUAUGGUUUUAUACUGUUCCUGUCUUUAAUUCACACUUCAUGGUGGGGUUGCACUCUGAAGUCGAGCUUCCGAGGUUUAUUGAAUGUUUUUAACCCAUUGCUGUCUGUGAAUCAACGAUUGUACAGGAGUUCUUGUUCUAACAUGUCUUGUGUGAUUUUGUUUUUUUUUUGUUUUGUUUGUUUCUUUUUUUUUUUUGCUUUUUGUUUCUGUUCCUUUCUUUGCAGAUCCCUAAAAGUGUUUGGCUGGCACAGGAGUGGCAGGGCAAGCGUCCUUGCGUGAAACGUCCUCCUCUUGUAACUGUAGUCAGAGAGCUGGCAAAUGGGGGACUAACUGAAAGGAUAUUCCAUUUUUAACGCAACCACUUUCACUGAACCCUCUCGUCGGCCAUAAGAACGCAAACUGCUCUUUUUCAUGACUAGCGUGCUGAUUAUUUGCAAAUCUUGCUUCUCGUAUGGACCUAGAGUAUUUAGCCUUGUGCCGUAGCUGCUUGCCAUCAGAGCCGAGCCUUUAGGUUUGUUCGCUGAGGCACAGAGUAAGUGCCGCGUUCAUGUCUUGUUAUUGCCUGGCUUGCUUCAGAGCCAAGAGGAGUUUCUCAUGAAGACAUUAGACUUGAUGAAUAUUUGUCAGUGCAGAAUGUUCAGUUAUGUGAAAACUAUAAAAAUGUGGGGGAUAUAUGGGACUCAUUUUAUACAAUAUAUACUAGCGUUGUUUUUAAAGUUAUUAAUUCAGUGUUUGCAAGGCGGCAGUGUAUUUUAAUCUUCUGCCCAAUUUUCUGAAGUUAAUGGUUAGUUCGUGGAAAUUUAAGAUUACGAUUUUUAUUUUUUUUAAUGGACUGAUGAAUACAGUUUUCUUUCCUAUGAUUAUGUGUCUCCUAUUAAAGUCAGGGAUGGACAUAUUAAAAGGUUUGUCUUUUUGCCCUUAGGUACACUACUUUUCAAAAGUUUGGGAUCAGUAAGAUUGAAUAAAUAAAUAAAAAGAAUACUUUACACAGCGAGCAUUAAAGCAAUGCUUCAAAUUGAUCAAAAAAGGGACAGUAAACACAAAAUUUGGAGUUCAAGAAUCUUGAAAAAAAGUACCAUGGUUUCCAACAUUAAUAAUAAAAAAUGUUUUCUUAAGCAGGAAAUCAGUAUAUUAGGAUGAUUUCUGAAGGAUCAUGAGACACUGAAGACUGGAGGAAUGACAAUUCAGCUUUGCCAUCAAAUUAAUAAAUAACAUUUUAUACAAAUCUACAAAAAAAAUACAAAUAAUAUUUCACGAUAUUACAGUUUUUUUUUCAUCAUACUGUGCAGCCUUUUAGAGAGCAUAUAAGGCUCUUUUUUUUUUUUUUUCCUACAAUACAAAACUUACAAACCUCAAACUUAAGAUCUUUAAACUUAUAAUAACAGACAGUCGUUGUAAUAUUUGCAUACUGAAUUCUUUCCUUUCAAGCUAUAAUUUUGCCUUAACACUUUUGCUGUCUUGCAAGCACUGAUAAUUCCAUCAGGAAAUGCAAAUCUAGCGAUUAUUAUUAAUAUGAUGAUGAAUGCAUAAUCAUCCCCUACAUUUUGUGUGAGGUGCUGUUGUAGAUGAAUAGUUCUCUAUGGCUGGUGAAGCGGUAAGCAUCUUUUCUGGUUCUCUUACUCUUUCCUCCCAGAGAAGAAAGAAGUGUCACCUCACUCACUCAUUCACACUUUCUUCCUGCGAUGUGUGCACAGCUACUCCCUUCUUCCUCUCGCUCUCUUUCUCACCUCCUCUUCUGUUUCUCUCACUCUCGCUGUCUCAAACUCUCGCUUUUCCCCUCGGCGCUCUCAGGCAGAUUUUCUCUUUCUCCUCUGCUUUUUUCUCUUGAGCUGUUUUUCUGUGUCUGUCCUGUUGUGUCAGGCUGGUUUUACCGGAGUUAGUCAAGUAAAUUAGUAUUUGACAGAUUCAUUUAAACACACAUGGAGUUUUUUUCCAUACAACCACAGUAAAAUUUCCAGAGCAAACUUCCCAUGUUUUUACAUAGCCUAAUUUGGAUAAGACUGUCUUUGAUUUACAGUAUAUUAUUGUUUCACCUACCGUAUUUUUCGGACAAUAAGUCGCACCUGAGUAAAAGUCGCAUCAGUCCAAAAAUACAUCAUGAUGAGGAAAAAAACAUAUAAGUCACACUGGACUAUAAGUCACAUUUAUUUAGAACCAAGAACCAAGAGAAAACAGUACCGUCUCCAGCCGCGAGAGGGCGCUCUCUAUGUCUUCAGUGUAGACUAUAGGAGCACUGAGCAGCAUAGAGCGCCCUCUCGCUGCUGUAGACAGUAAUGUUUUCUCCUGGUUCAUGUCUCUUAGUUCAUUUCUCUUGGUUCAUGUCAAAUUAAUUUUGAUAAAUAAGUCGCAGGACCAGCCAAACUAUGAAAAAAAGUGCGACUUAUAGUCCGGAAAAUACGUAUAUGCUAGUUGAGACUAAAUGUCUCAUUGCAUAUUCUGGUAGACCUUUGUUAUGAAUUUUAGCUUUUUGCCAAUUGACUAGAUAAAUAAUUGAUUUAGGUUAGUUGAUUACUUGGUUAAUAGCUGAUAUUUAUCGUGGAGCUAGAAAUAUUGCAAACAGUUGUGAAAUAAAAUAAAUAAAACUAAAACAUUGUGCUGGUAUAUUGUGAGCAGUAAAGCCCGUUUUCUUUGAUUUAAUUGGCCAGCUCACUCAUUUUGACAUCGAUGAGCGCUGUUAGACUGCUAUGGUAGACCGGCCUAAACAUUUACAUUUGAAGGCUUUUGUCAUGCUAACAACAAACAGAGCAGCGUCAAUAUCAUAUAUUGGCCGUUUCUAAUUAUUGGCCAGGAAAACUUGCCUAUGGCGGUUGUGGCCCUGCUGAAAGCCUGCAAACAGACAAACAUGAAAAACUCUUGAGUCUCACUGCUAUUUUAUUUUUGAAUGUCUCUCAGCCAAUCAGAUUAGAGGGCUGCAACCAUCUGUUGCAUACUCAUAGAAUCGGACUCCAUCAGAAUCAGCUGAUGAAAUCCCAGACGUCCUCUAUUAAUAAAUGCAACUUAAUUAGCAUGUAGGCUUCAGCCUCUCUCUCUCUCUCUCUCUCUCUCUCUCUCUCUCUCAGCGCGGUGGAUGUGGCUGUGUAUGGUGUAGCUGUAGUGGUGCAAUAGAUGUUGAUGGUGGUCCUCAGCUAGUGCUGUGUUUGGACGCAUGCAUGCUUGCCCUGUCUCUGUGUAUGUGCCAGUCUUAAGGGGUCCAAUUCUCCAUAAAGUUCAAGCCUUCGGAUUCUGAUGGUUGAACUUAAGCUUUUUCAAUUGUGUUUGUGCCUGUUUUUUCUUCUCUACUUUUAUCUUCUUGAGUGUUUUAUUUCUUUUGGAAAAUAUAUGCAUGGUCUUGCGUCUACACAUCCCCCUAAGUUAUUCUUUUCAAUUCUUUUACAUUGUUUUAGAUUCUUUGGUUAAAUCUCUCUGAAUGAUUGCAAUCCAGGGUCCAAGAUUAACAGUCACCAAGUAAAAAGAAAAAUGGCUUUGUUGAGUAAAAUGAAAUGUAACUUGCCAGCUGGCUUGUAACUAUUAAGAAAUGUGACAAUAAAUGGGUUAGGUCUAUAAAACCUGCUGGCUUUAAGUGAUUUAUUUGUCAUUCAAAGACAAAAUGCUUGAAUAUAUAUUGAACACUAUUAACAAGAUUUUUAUUUUCUUCUGGAACUGUAUGUCUUCUAUUUCUUGCACCAAAAUACUGUUUUAGUUUUUACCUGCACUUUCUACCAAUAUAAAAUACAGUAGGGAAGAACAUCUUACCUAAUUAAACUGUCAUGUAUGUUGAAUAAAAAAUAUCACAAAAUAGAGUUUGUUAGUGCAUAAGAAAUAUUUACAGCUGGUUAUUUCUGUCAUUUGUUAAUUUUGGACCCUGUCAGUAUCAUUCUGAUUUCAUUUUUGAUGUUAAACACAAGUAUUUACCUCAUUCAGCAUAGUUUUGAGCUGCUCUUCAAUAAUAGGUUCUGAACAUGACAAAUACUGUCGCAUCCAUUCAUGAAGAAACACUACUGCAGAGCUGAAAUGGCUGUUUUUCUGUAUAUUGUGCUUUUGAACUUGCUGGAUCCCUUCCUUUGAAGACCUCAUGAACAUAAAACUGCCAAAUCAAGUGUGAGAGGCUUGUGACUUUUUGCAAAUGCUAACCAGUAUAGUAGACACUGAGUUGAGUUUUAUUUUAGUUAUCAGAUCAUUCAUAUUGUAAAAGUCGACAUUGUAUGUCUGUCAAAUGGGGCAGUUUUUAUGUAGAAGUUUAACAAAUUAAAGGUCAUUUAAGAA